AUGCAACAGAGAGAAAGCAGUUCCAACAGUUCACUUCUUUUGAAGUGGUGGAAAAACAUCAAUCCCAACAAACCUGAACUGGGUCAAUCGUCCCAAUCCAACUUUGAUCUGCGUGAUACCGACAAUCUCCCGACCACCCUCCGUGAACGUCAACAAUCGGCCGCCACCACCAAACUCUCUGCGCCACAACCCUCGUUUCGGGAACGGACCACUCGACCGGCGGUUCGCGUCAUCAACCGUCUUGAAACCGCUCCUUACGAAGGAUGGCAAAAAAUCAAGAAGCUGGCAUUGCGCGAUCGAGGUGGUCAACCACGAGAUCCUCAUCGUGGAGGUCUUCCGAAAUCGGACACUCUUAUUGCUCAAGCGCAAGCCAAUUUACUGCCGGCCAUGAUCUUGGCUCUUUCGUUGCAACGAGACGAACAUGAUAAUCCCCGUGUUCCCGUUCUGUUGUCGCAAAUUGCCGUCAGUGUAUCCUACGAUGACCCGCAUGACGGAACUCCGCCGGUGCAACGACCGAAAAUCCGGCGCGGCAUGACAGCCAUUCGAAAACGACGACGUCCCACCACUUACAAAAUUACGGUUGCUUACGGUCCUAACCUAAAAUGGGUGGUGCAUCGACGGUACUGGGAUUUCGUCAAGCUUCAUUAUCGUUACCGCAGCCAUGAUAUUGUGCGAACCCGAAUACCCCAUUUUCCUAAUUUACCCAUUCGUCAUGCUGGGCAGAAAAAGGUUGGCCAAGGCGAUGAUCAGUCCUUGGACGAUCGUCCACCGUCUCAUAUGGACUCGGUUCUCGACAGCGACAUUCAUCUUCCUCAGCUGGACAAGCCAGCUUCCAACUCGAAUAUCCUUGUCGAACCCAAUACCGAAUAUUUACCAGUCUUGCAAGAGUAUCUUCAACUCCUUAUUCAGAAAGUCGUGCCUACGGGAUACAUUAAUCGAUUAUGCAAAUUCCUGGAAAUUUCAACCAUUGGCAUUCAGUUGGCCGCCACCAAUCCGGAUGGGUACCAUGGCAAAGAAGGAUAUCUAACCAUUGUGACUCGCUCCGAUCACGCUCCCAAACACUCGCGUCAAUUCGCCGAUACGAUAGCCGAAGGAUGUCUUUGCCGCGUCGUUGCCACACAUCUUGGUUCGUCGCAUCGACCCAAAUGGUUUGUUGUUCGCGAAAGCUACAUAGUCUGUGUGGAAGGGCCUCACGAGGAUACCUUGUUUGACGUGUUUUUGGCCGAUGGUGGAUUUGAAGUGACUCGAAUGAGUUUUAGUGAUCAGGCCCUGCGGCAGUGGCGAUCGGAUAUCCGGAAAGGAAAGCAAGUGGGGACAAAAUUGAUUUCGAAUCGACAUUGGACAGGCGCCCGGUCCACGUUGUGCUUGAAGAAUUUGCAUGGAUUAUGGUAUUUACGAGCCAAGAAUGAGACCUUGGCCAAACAGUUUGAGGAUUCCAUCAAACGCAUGAUGUCGUCUGUUUGGUGCCAGCAACAUCGAUUCGAUAGCUUUGCUCCGAUUCGAAAAAACAUUCAAGCCACAUGGUUUGUUGAUGGUCGCGAUUAUCUGUGGGAUGUGUCAGUAGCCCUGGAUAAUGCUAAAGAAUGCAUCUACAUCCACGAUUGGUGGCUGAAUUUCCAUCGUCCCUUGUUCUAUUAUUCAUGGCUAUAUUUUUCUUUGGUAUUUUUCUGCUCUUUGCAGUCCCCCGAAUUGUAUCUUCGCCGUCCAGCAGCCCACAAUCUCCAAUGGCGUUUAGACAAAUUGUUGAAGCGUAAAGCCGAUCAAGGCGUGAAGAUUUACAUUGUGAUGUAUAAAGAGGUGGCAAUGGCGCUUCCUUUGUAUUCCCAUUACGCCAAGAAGCAUUUGCUUUCGUUGUCGGAUAAUAUCCAUGUCCAGCGCCAUCCAUCGCGUGCAUUGGAUAUAUUCAACAAAAGCAACAUUUUCUUCUGGGCCCAUCACGAGAAAAUUUGUGUCAUAGAUUAUGACAUUGCGUAUAUUGGAGGCAUCGAUCUUUGCUUUGGUCGAUGGGAUACCGCCACACAUGCCGUGGUCGAUGAAGGCGAUCCGACGCUGAAUCCCAACAACCGACACCCUCAAAUGUGGCCCGGCAAAGACUACUCGAAUCCACGCAUUCUCGAUUUUCAUACCCUCGAUCGACCAUUUGAAGAUAAUAUGGAUCGAUCCAAAUUGCCGCGCAUGCCAUGGCAUGACGUGUCCAUGCGAUUGUGCGGUCAGUCAGCCAGAGAUGUUGCUCGUCACUUUGUUCAACGAUGGAAUUUCUUGAGACGCCGAAAACCGUCCGCUCCAAAACGACCUACACCGUUGUUGGUGCCUAAACCGGAUCUUCCGUCAUCGUUUACGAUUGAUCCGAACGAUCGACGGCUCUGUCACCCUCACACUUCACGGCAAUGCGACGUGCAGGUUCUUCGUAGUGUGUCUGAAUGGAGCAUUGGCAACCUCAACCAUGUGGAACAAUCCAUUCACAGCGCUUACGUGGAUACCAUUGAAAAUUCGGAACACUUUGUCUAUAUCGGUAAGGCAACUGGGAUGACCGUCAUUGAGAACAAGAUUGGCGAUGCGUUGGUGAAGCGGAUCCUUCGAGCCAAGGCUGAAAAUAAGCGAUGGCGCGCCAUUAUUGUGAUUCCGCUGAUCCCUGGAUUUGAAGCGAACGUCGAAGAAACUGAGGCUACCACGGUACGACUUAUCAUGCAUUGCCAAUUCUUGUCGAUUUGUCGUGGGCCCGACUCGCUUCUGGGCCGACUGCGUGCGGCAGGCAUAGAGCGGACCCAUGACUACAUCAACUUCUUUGGUCUUCGCAACUGGGGAGAGUUGAAUAACGAGUUUGUCACCGAACAAGUGUACAUUCAUGCCAAAGUCAUGAUUGUCGAUGAUCGCACCGUCAUUAUGGGAUCCGCCAAUAUCAAUGAACGAUCGCAGCUCGGCACCCGAGACUCGGAAAUCGCCGCCUGUGUGCAGGAUCAAGAAAUGAUCGAUUCCACGGUGGACGGGAAACCUGCUCAAGUGAGUAAAUUCGCUCACACGUUGCGUUUGCGACUCAUGUGUGAGCAUGUGGGAAUCGAUGUGGAUACCCUGGAAGACGACCCAUCGACGUCGCCCGCGUUUACAAAGCAUGUGGACAAAUCGCGCGUGAAGCCGAUCCCGCCCAUUGUUCAACCGCUUUCCGAAAAGGAGGAACCCUCCGACAAAUACAUGGUAGACGAUCCCGCUGACUGCACCAUUGGGGCUGCCGCCCAGCCGAAUUCACCGACGUUGGAAACCAAUGCUGUGACCAGGGAAGAAACUGGCGACAGUACCAGUUCACCCGAAGAGGAGAAAUCCGAAUCAGAACAUCGUCAUUCCAGCGCGUCCAUGUUUGGGUCCAAGAAACGCAAAAACCUCAAGGAGCAGCAUGCGGCGUUCUGGACAACUUUGGAUUGUGACACGGACAAUAACGGGGAUGGCGUGGAUCCCGAAUCGUCCUACAGCCGUGUUCCCGUGGACAGUUUGGCCAUGCAAUACACAGCGUCGGAGAUCCGAAAUCUUCUCGUGGAUCCUCUGAGCGACGCGUGUCAAGAUUUUUGGUAUGCUACUGCGCGUCGCAAUACCCACCUUUUCCGUCAAAGUUUCCUUGUUGUACCUGACAAUAAUGUACGUUCCUGGGAUCAGCAUCGCGAAUUCCUGAAAAUGGCCAAAAUCUAUCUUGGAAGAAAAGACGCCAAGGACGGUACCAAGGCAACCGCCGCCGCUGCCGUGGUGACCACCGAACCCGUUAUCAUGUACGAGACAGGAGAAACGGUGCGUGAUUUGCUGAAACAAAUUCAGGGACAUUUGGUCAUUUGGCCCAAUCAGUUCCUGGAAGAAGAAGACAAAAAGAACGAAUUCGUCUUUGGCCAUGAUAAGCUCAUGCCGUUGGAAAUCUUUGAUUAA